UUUGCUACAUCUCUUCACAGGUGCCGAGCUGCUACAUAAAUCGUGCGAUGUUACCUUGAAAGUGAGGCUGCUAUAUUUAUUUUUAUUCUAGUCAACAGAAAGUUACUCUCCAGUAAAUUACAACCGGAUUGUCUAUUAAUCUGUUUUUAGUGUAGCGUUUAGACAUUAAACGCAAGUGCUAGCUUAAAGGAUGCAUUGCUAGCUUCGUUGGGUCGUUGUUUACAUGUUAUUCAGAGAUAACGAGAAAGCGAAGCAGGGGGUUUCCUGUCUCUUUUAAAGGGUUUUUUUUUACUAAAUUACGGUCGAAAAUAGCCAACACUUUAGAAGGCUCUUGCCGUAAACUCCCAAUUGUAUACUGACAGUAUCUCAGGCAGCAUGUUGUGUUUUCUGGAAGCUCCCAGCGGUGUGUCGGUCAGUCUCGGACAUUAAGACGGGUUUAAUCACAACAAAAGGAGCAUGGAGUCUGUGAGGAGCGCGUUUCACGCUCAGCUGGCCACCAUCAUGGACUCUCUGCUUGCUGCGGCCGUGUGCGAGAUCGCCAAGAUCUUCGAGAGCAGCCUGUGCGAGCAGCAGACGGAGCUGGCGCAGAAAGCCGAGGAGAUCUCCGUGCUCCGCUGCAGGCUGGAGAAGGUGGAGAGGAGGCACAAAGCUAAGGGUGGAGGCACCGAGGAGGCAGAGCCGUCAUCAGGAGACAGAGAGGGCAGCCUGAGGCAACAGAUCCCGACAGGAUCAGCACUGAGUGUGGGGAAGGAGCCAUGUCCAUCGGAAGCAGAGGAAGUACUCUGCAUGCUGAAGGAAGAGGCUACAGGUCAGGAAGGAGCUGCCAUAAAACAUGAGCAUCUUAGAUUGCGGUCUGCUGCAGUCCAAACCCCGAAUGGAAAUCUGUGCAUUUCCCAUCCUGACCACUGCUCUCCCAAAUCUGAAUCCAGUCUACUUCCAGCAGGUGAGUGGUUACCUGGACUGAACACCACUCGAGGUGCUGUAUCAGGUCUGGACCAGCUGCAGGCAGACGGCACUGACUGCUCUGCUGCAGGUAGCAGCAGCAUCGGCAACGACGCGUCUUCCUUCCCGCGCGGUUUUAGAUCAGACGAGACCAAUAACGAAGGUGACAAUGCCUCAUUUGCUUAUCUGGACCAGGAGUCCGAGAACCAGAACUCGGAUCAGGGUCCGGGAGAAAAGGAGGCUCAGAGAGAUCUCACUCCAGCCUCCUCUGGUGAAUCCUGGCGAACAAGAGAUGACAGAGGUGCAAGAGGCCACAUCAAUCACACACGGCGAGUCACUAAUUUUACUACCAGAGAUCCUCUGCGACCGCAGUCCAACUCCCAGUUGCUCGCAGCACGUCAGACCAACACUCACAGUCAUCCUGUAACUCCCAGUGGAGGCAGCGGACGCCCUUACUCCUGCCCCUACUGCACCAAGUGUUUCACCUACCCUUCCCAUCAGCGCAGGCACCUUCUACGGCACACCGGAGUCAGACUGCAUCCAUGUCAGUUCUGUGACAAGAGCUUCCUCACGCCGUCAGAGCUCACUGUUCACACUCGCACGCAUACCGGGGAGCGUCCCUUCGGCUGCGCUCAGUGCGGUAAACGCUUCGCCCGCAGCGGCAACCUGAGAGCCCACCAGCGAGACGUUCACAUGGGAAAGAGGCCCUUUGCUUGUGUCGAGUGUGGAAAAAGAUUUGCCCACAGAGGAAACCUGAGGGUGCACAAUCACAGAGUCCAUCAAGGGGAUCCGUACUACUCUGACGGUCAACCGGAGCCUGACAUAGGCCAGAGUGCUAUUUAAAAGCAACACAAGUAGGAAGAAUACCUACAUGAAGUUAUUAUUCAGCACCUUGGCAGCAAUUUGGAACAAUUGAAGCUUUUUGGUCUUAUUCGUGCUUCUAUAUUUUUUUUUUUAUGUAGAUGAUUAUGUCUAAUUCUGAGUCAGUCUGUUUUAGGUCAAAUAGUUUUUUGUUCAGUGUAAUUGAUGUGAAUGAAUGAAUAUAAUAAUCUGAACAUAACUGUGGAAGUAAAACAAGCAAAAUGUAACUAUAUUGCUGCUUCUUUUCCUUUUCAAACUUGGCCAUUUCUGAACACACUCUUCAUUUGAACUGAAAAAACUGUCAAAUAAUGUUUUAUAUAUGCUACAGCUGCAUCUAAAAAAUUAAAAUAUCAUUAAAAUUGCAUUUGUUUCAGGAUUUCCGUUUAGUACGGGUACAUUCAAAUGUUAUAUAGACUUAUUACACAAAGAGUCAUAUAGUUCAAGCAUCAUUUUCUGUUAGAUUUCAUUAUUUUGGCUUACUACACAAGAGGAUUAUGGAAAUCCUGAAUCAGAACACCUUUUACAGUGGCAUUAAUUUCCUUCCAUAGUUUAUGGCUAAUAAAAACCCAAAAUUAACUUCCUCCAAAAAUCAGACGAUUAAAAGAGAUCAAUAAAUCUGCUAAUAUCCAAACAUUUUAGUGGAAAGUUAGGUGAAAGGAAAAAGUAUGGUAGAAAAAGGUGUGCAUAUGACAGAAGUAACCACAUUCUUUAGGUGAUUUGCUGAUAAUCACCUCUUAGCAAAAACAGCAGCCUCAUCGCCUCCAUUGAUCCAGUGACUCAUGCAAAGUUCAUGUAUAUUCUUUGACAUUUCUGUAUCGAAAAAAACAUGUUUAAUAGCUUCAAUUAUAAUCUUCAGAGAAACUAAAUUUAGGAUUUUCCUUGACUGUUGAUAGUAAUCAUCCAAAUUGAUAGAAAACAAUUGAAAGAAUUCACUCUUUAGGUAAUGAAUCUACAAUAUGAAUGUAUUUGAGGAUCAUAUAAUGGAUAGAAAUCCAAUAUAUGACUCAUAAAUCUUGAGUCAUAGAUAAUACAUACUUAAUAUAAUUAAGUAUUUAUUCAGAUGAACUAGAACUCAUCUGUCUUGCCUCGAUGGAUGAAUAUACAGAGUUGUGCAGUAAAGGACGUUUGUUCAGCAUGUAGUUAAAACUGAUACCACACAAUGUUUCCCGUUUCCUGAACAUCCUGUAUGAAACUGGUAGAAAGCACUAAAGUUAUUUUCUUUUUUUCAAUUAAGUAGUGGAAAUAGAAAUAACGACUAGGAAGAAUAUGACAUGAACAAACAACUGGUCCUCCUUUGCACUCUUAUCUUUUAGAACGAUUUAAUCCCUUUAGAGCAUUAAACUUCAAAAAUGUAAAACAUUGCUGUAUUGUUUAUCCUAUCUUAAAUAUUACUGUAAAUAUAAUUGCUCUUUGUCAGUGCUUACCUUGGAUUGAAUGUAGUCUUAUUUUUCUUCUUCAAUAUUAAAGAAGAUUAAUACUUCUUCUUUUUUUUGCUUUUUUUCUCCAAAAAAUCUAAUUUCCUCCAGUUGAUUUCUGGUUAAAUAUUUUUUCUCCUGGAUUUUAUGUCUUUGCUACUGCUUGUUUACUUCAUAGGCCUUUUAUUUUAGUUUUCUGCAAUUUUUUUCUUCUACUUUCUCCAAUAAUUAGACAGCUGAAUUUUUUCUUCAGUAUCUGUUUUCAUAAACAAGCUUAUUAGUAAAGUCCGAAUUGUUCAGGAUUUUCUCAACAGUAAAAAAAAAAGUUUUUCCAUUGCUUAAGCUGACUUAACAAUAUUUACUGUAAGGUUUUAUUUAUUUUAGAACUGUGGUUUAAAAAGCAGAUUGUUUGGCUGCUAAAUUAAAGUAUGUUUGUUCUUAGUUUGAAGCUUUUUUGGUCUCUUCAAAGCUAACUGUAUGUACUUUUUAUCAAGUUUAAUUAUAAUUUGACUCGGCUGUGAAAAGCUUUAUUGUGGUAAAUUUAAUGUUAAAGAGGACUUUUUUGUUUCCUUUAAAAAAAAAAGUUAAUCGUCUACAUCCUGGCUUUUCAUUGCGAAGAAAUAAACAUGUAAGUUUGUUGCACUGUUUUAUGUCAGACACCGGGGGGCAGUGCAAAUACAAGAAAGGUUUACAGAAAUGUAUGUUGACAGGUUUUGAUGUUCUCAGCAUGUUUUACCUUGUUUUGUCCCACAUUUGUCACAUCUUUUUCCCUGAUGCAUGCCCGUGUGUCAUCAUGGUGCCCGUCCUGUAAUACAUCGUAUGAAUGUUCAGAAAAAUCAAAAUGUGAGUUACUUCUAUACGUGCACAAAACCUAAUGUAUUAGAACAUGUUUUAGCUAUCUUCUUCUUUAUAUAUAAGUAUGUAAAACUUGCAAACUUUCUUCUGUUUCUUGUAUUCAUUUUCUAAAAUUGUUCUAAAUCCUUCACACAUGAGAGAUGUCCAAUAAACACUUUAUUUUUA